GCGAAACCACUCCCCACAAACAGUCCAGAACACGGCCGGGCUGUGCCUCGAAUGGGAAAGUGCGAAGUUAACAACUGCAAUGAGUUGGCAGAAGAACACAACGCUGUGUGGGAGAGUCUCCAAGACAGGAGAGACCAUCUACUCAUGCAGGGACUGUCGUUUGGACCCCGAGUGUGUGCUGUGUAAGGACUGUUUCCAGAACAGCACGCACAGAGGUCAUGACUACAAGACACGCGUGUCGGGAGGUGGCACUGCCUGUAGCUGUGGGGAUGUGGGGGGUUGGAGAGGCGCCCCCUACUGUUUCAAACACGCCCCUGACACCUCUGAUCACACUGGCUGGGGGGAGAAGGAGGACCCUCUACAUAGACACUCCGAAACAUCACUUAAAGGAGGUACUGUUGCCAUGAAGGCCCCGGUGUGUCUGAUUGAUAAUGGGACAGACGGGCGCUUGCGUGUCCAGCAGGGGGCACUGAAGAUCCUGGAGCAGAUCCAGCAGCCGGUGGUGGUGGUGGCUGUAGUGGGGCUCUACCGCACGGGGAAGUCCUACCUCAUGAACCGGCUGGCUGGGGCACAAACAGGCUUUGCUUUGGGCAGCACCAUCGAGUCCAAGACCAAGGGCAUCUGGAUGUGGUGUGUGCCUCACCCCAAUAAAGCAGGUCACACCCUGGUGCUGCUGGACACAGAGGGGCUGGGAGACGUGGAGAAGGGCGAUGAGAAACACGACACCUGGAUCUUCUGUCUGGCUCUUCUACUCAGCAGCACUCUGGUCUACAACAGCUUGGGCACCAUUGACAACAUCGCCCUGGAGAAACUGCAGUUUGUGGCUGAACUGACGGAGCACAUCAAGGUGAAGUCCAGUGGGCAUGACCGGAAGACAGAGCUGAUGCUGGUCUUCCCCUCCUUCGUGUGGACGGUCAGAGACUUCUCUCUGGAGCUGGAGCUGAAGGGCAAACCCAUCACUGCCGAUGAGUACCUGGAGAACGCCCUGAAGCUGAAACCAGUCGAAACAGGCUCCUCCCCUGAAGUUAAAAAGCACAAUAAGUUGCGGCAGAACCUGAGGGACUUCUUUGCUGUGCGGCGCUGCUUCGUGAUGGAACGUCCAGCCAACAAAAAAGACAUGAAACGCAUGGAGCAGCUGAGGGACUCUGACCUGGAGUCCAGCUUUGUGCAGCAGGCAAAGGCGUUCUGCAGCUACAUCCACCACAGCGCCCAGGUCAAGGCCAUGAGAGGAGGCCGGGGGCUGAACGGCAGGAUGCUGGGCAACUUGGCAGAGACGUAUGUGGAGGCGAUCCGCAGUGGGAAGGUGCCGUGUCUGGAGAGCGCUGUGGAGUCGCUGGCGGCGAUACAGAACGGCCGGGCCAUCACAGAGGCUCUGAAGUUCUACCGGGCGGAGAUGGAGCGCAAAGUGAAGUUCCCCACAGAGACUCAGGAGGCGCUGUCUAUGAUUCACACUGCUGCAGAGAAACUGGCCAUCAGCAUUUUCAUCAAUGAAUCAUUCAAUGACCAGGACCACAAACACCAGCAGCAGCUUGUGACAGACAUGGCGAAAGAGUAUGGGGAGUUGUGUAAGAAGAAUGUAAAAGUGUCUCGUAAAGGGUGCUGGUUAGUCAUCUCCCAGGCGUUUGCCUCUCUGGAUAAAGCUCUGACCAACGGCUCCUACAUGAGGUCUGGGGGCUAUGAAGACUUCCGCUCUGCACUCAACAGAGGAGCUCAACUCUACAGAUCAGAAAAACGCAAGGGAGUCAUGAGUGAGGAGGUUCUGACAGAGUAUCUGGAGGAGAAGAACGUAGUUGGGAAGAGCAUCCGUGCUGCUGACCGCUCUCUAACUGAAGCCCAAAAGAAGAUGGAAGAGGACAAGGUAAGGCGGGAGGAAGCCGAGCAGCAGCAGAAACUUCUGGUACAGCGUACCAACCUCCAGCAGCAAGCCAUUCGUGACCUGGAGAGAAGCAAUAAGGAGAAUAUCAGGCAGUUGGAGGUGAAGAUGGAGGGGGAAAGAGUGAGAGCCCAGACAGAGCUGGAGCGGGUUGUAACCGCUAAACUCAAGGAGCAGCGGGAGCUACUGGAGUGUGGCUAUAAGAGGCGUGCUCAGGACAUGGAGGAGGACAUCAGAAAGCUACAGACAGAUCAGAAGAAAGCGCAGGAGAAGAAGGAGAGCCCGUCCUUCUGGGGAAAGGUGGGCUCUGGCCUGGCGACAGCGGGAAGAACAGUCUCUGGCUGGUUUGGCUUCUAGCACUGGGCCAGAGGAAAGGUGGUCCUGGCUGGAGAAGAUGAUCUUGAUUGUAGGGAAAUGCAGGUAGUAAAACAUGCAUAACCAGAGAUGAAUUAGAUGGGUAAAGAUGCAUAACCAGAGAUGAAUUAGAUGGGUAAAGAUGCAUAACCAGAGAUUAAUUAGAUGGGUAAAAAUGCAUAUCCAGAGAUGAAUUAGAUGGGUAAAGGCUCAUAACCAGAGAUGAACUAGAUGGGUAAAGAGCGUUUUCUUGCCCAGCCUGCAGUGAUUACUGAGGGAUUACAAAUGUAAAGGCUCUUGUAUGCAGGGCCAUAUUACCCAUAAUUCAAACUUUACCUCUUAUACACUCCUAUAUAGUAUUGUAAUAUGUUUUUGACAUUUAGUAUUUAAUUUCCCAUACCUCUUACCUCUUUCUGAUUGUUGAAGUUGUAUUAUUUAUUCUUAUUCCACACGUUUACUUGCAACAACUAAAGUCAAACUAAUCAUGUAGUCCAUAGCCACUAGCUAGUUAGCUCAUGUUAGCAGACAUUAGCCAUGUUGAAUGUGAGUUCACUGAAAGUCCUCACAAAAACAAAUAUUUCCACUGGACACAUACAUUGACUAUUAUCAGUGUUAAAUUUUACAUCAUGAAAUAAUGCCACCCUCCGUUAUUAAUAUGGGUGUUAUAAAUAUUUUUAUUUUAAUGUAGACAUCAUUGGUUGAUUACAUAUCUCUUAUAUCUAAAUACCAGUUACACACUAUGAAUUGUGCCUGAACUGUAAAAAUGAUUUAAAAAUAAACUUUGCU